GACUGUUCUACAGAAAAUGCAAGUUGAUUUCUAAGACAGAAGUUACCCACGACACCAGGCUCUUCUGCUUAGUGUUGCCUAUGGGCACACAUCUCCGUGUUCCCAUUGGACACCAUGUUUACCUCAAACAGAUUAUUGCAGGGACAGAGGUAGUAAAACCAUACACACCUGUAUUGCCUUCUUUGCUGCCGAAUUUCCAAGAACCAUCUCACCAUAACGGUGUGCAUAUUUAUUUAAUGAUUAAAAUUUAUUCCUGUGGACUGUUCACACAGGCACUUGACCACCUACAAAUUGGAGACUACAUAUCUGUCAGCAAUCCUGAAGGCAGCUUCAAGAAGUCACAAGUUCAAACUUCAGAAGAUCUCUUUUUACUGGCAGGAGGCACAGGCUUCACACCAAUGGUUAAGCUGCUGAAUUCAGCUCUGACUGAAGUGAGUUGUCUCAGGACAGUGAAGCUGAUCUUCUUCAACAAAACAGAAGAUGACAUACUUUGGAGAAACCAGUUAGAGCAAUUAGCCCUUAAAGAUGAAAGGUUUGAGGUUCAGUUCAUUCUUUCACAACCAACAAAGGACUGGGUGGGUAAGCAGGGAAGGAUUUCUUCAUCUCUUCUCUCUGAGUUUGUGAAAAGAAGCAGAAAAGCCUCCAAAAUGCUUAUCUGCAUCUGUGGUCCAACACCUUUUACAGAACAAGGCGUACAGUAUCUGAAGGAUCUUGGAUACUCCCAAGAAGAGAUACAUGCUUUUACUGCAUAAAUUCUUAUGAGGAUAUCAAUGUUUGUUUGUAUAAUUCAAUCUUAUUUAUUUACGUUCAUGAAUUUAAAUAAGCGAGAAGCAAUUUUGUAAGACUUGAAACUUCACUCUUGGUACCAAACUGUUUCUCAGAAGAAGUGAAUCUUUGAGAAAAAUUUUAUACUGUGUUUUAUCUUCUUUUUGUAAAUAUUUUUGCUAAUACUUAAGUCAUCCGAUAUAUUAAUUUAUUGUAGAGCCAAGCAAAAAAGUACAGUAUACAUUGUGUAAGAUACUUCGUGUUUCUGGUUGAUGAGAAUCUUUCAAUUUAUGACAAGUGCUGAUGUAGGUUUUGACUUGGUAGAGCUUAUUGUUUCUUACUGUAAAAAGUCUUAAGAGCAAUACUGUCUGAGAUUAAAUAUUGCACUGUAACUCAGGUAAUCGGUCAUUGAGAACAUGUUCUUUUUCAUCUGAUGUCUCUAUUUGACUUGCAAGUGAUCCAGAUACAUUUUUGGCUUUGUACACAAAGAAUAAAACUACCUUUGGUAAAAUAUAAAAUUUACAUCAAAUAAUAAAAAAUAAUAAUUUUA